AUGAAAAAGAAUAAAACGAGUGUGUUGGUACCCAAUAAGAGGAAUUUCAUCUCUAAAGUCUACAAUUUAAAAAAGAUGUCAGGCUUUGGUAAUUUAAUUGAACGAAAAUUUUAUCAAGUGAAAUCACAUGUUGGUGGUGGUGAACGAACAGUCGACUCUGAUGUUCAAUACUCGAAGAAUAAGUUGACAGAAUCACACAAGAAGUUUAAGAACAUCUUAACAGUAACUCAGAAAUUGGCAUCAACAAUUCAUGCCACUAAUUUAAUGCAGGUGGAAGUUUUAACAACCCUAAGUGAUA